AUGGCAACGUUGAGAAACCAUGCUAAAUUCUUGAAUGGAUUUGCAAAGCUCUAUAAUGAUCAAUGGCAAGUCGACCUACGGCUCAAGGCAGGAGACUCUAAAAAGGAUGAAACUAUCUCUGUCCACAAAUUUGCUAUGGCAGCAAGAUCAGAAGUGUUUAAGAAGAUGUUGGAAUCAGACAAGUUCAAGGCUUCGGAUGGUAAGAUCGAGACCAUAACUCUCUUUGAACUUAAACAAGAAGCAUUGGAGGCUUUUGUUGAGUUUAUAUACCACAGCUGCUCUAUCCUUUCUGAAAAAGAGAAGAAACAUGUUCAAUCACUUUAUAUAGCAGGCGAUAAAUAUGAGAUCCCGCAUUUGCGGGAUCUAUGCCGAAACGAGCUUAUGUCAUCUCUUGACUCAUCAAAUGCUCUUAACGUCUUGGAGCUGUCCAUGAUUCCUUUUGACAAAGUCUUGCAUGACUUCGCUGCCAGCUUUAUCAUAAGGAAUUUUGAGAGUAUAUGCAAAACUGCUGAGUUCAAGGCUUUUGUGCGCAAGAAUCCAGAUCUUUCUGUUGAAUUAAUGAGAUCUUCUUACACUAAAAUGUGGAAUGGUCGUUAUGUCGACUAG